CCUCUGCGCCCGUGACUGCGCCCGCGCCUGCGAUCAUGUUCCACGAUUUGCACGUGCCGUGGUCUGACGGAAAAGAGCACCUGCGAGAGCUGCAGCGGACCGUGGCCUUUUGCGACGAGCUAGGGUACCACGUCGUCGCCCUCACCACCACAUACGCUGGGAAGCUCCCCGCCGAUCUCACCUCGCCCGUCCCGAACCCGCUGCCCUUCCCCACGCCGCCCCGCCUGCGCGUCCUGCGCCGCUGCAACGUCUUCCUGACCGACGCCGCCUCCAACUUCCGCAUCCCCCAGCUGCAGCAGCACUAUGACCUCGUCGCCGCCCGCCCCACCGACGAGCGCACCCUGCAGCAGGCCUGCCAGAGCCUGGACGUUGACAUCAUCUCCCUCGACCUGACGCGCCGCUUCGAGAAGCACUUCAAGUUCCCCAUGCUGGGCGCUGCCAUCUCGCGCGGCAUCAAGAUCGAGCUCUGCUACAGCCAGGGCAUCAUGUCGACCGACCCCAUGGCCAAGCGCAACCUCAUCAGCAACGCCACCCAGCUCAUACGCGCCACCCGUGGACGCGGCCUCAUCUUCAGCUCAGAAGCCAAGAGUGUCCUCGGCAUACGGGCACCGAGCGACGUCAUAAACUUGGCCUCCGUCUGGGGGCUCGGUACAGAGAGAGGCAAGGACGGCCUGACAAAGGAGCCUCGCAGUGUUGUCGAGUUUGCACGACUCAAGCGCCAGAGCUUCAAGGGCAUAGUCGAUAUCGUCUAUGGAGGCGAGAAGCCGGCAAUAGAAGCAAAAGACAAGCAAGGCCCCAAGGCGAACAAAAACAAGAACCAGAACGGGAAACGGCCGGGUGAGAGUCUGGACAGCAUGCCAAUCCACACGUCCAAAGAAGACAAGCCCAUCUCGAAGCGCGAGCAGAAGCGCAACAAAAUGGCCAAGAUGGACGCUGAGCAGCACGAGACUGCCAGUUCUACCUCUUGAUGGAGAGAGUGCCUGUCUGACGCGAUGGAGAGUAAUACAACCACAACGAAAGAACAAAAGAUACCCAAUAGACAUGCAACAAUCAGCAUACAUUCACACACAUAUAUAUAAAAAAGUAGUACAGCAAACAAACCAUUGCAACUAAAUUCAUAUUCUCCC